AAGUGUUUAGUGAGCAUUACUCGCAAUGUUAAAUCUUUAAAAGUAACUUUACACGUGUAAUGCUUACUUCGUAUGAACAUGCGCACUUGUCAGAAAAGAAGUCUUACGUUUACCGCUAACGUACAUUACAGCGUGAGCACCAUGUAAGAGAAACUUCAGAUGUUUAACGUUACGCGUUACUUUCAACCUGGACGUAAACCUUCUCGGAUUUCUCUGACCUGCUUCAAUACGAAUCAUGCUGGAUCUCCCAAGGAAAGUUUCGUGUCGCUUUGUCAAUGCAAAAACAGAAUUCUAGCAUUGAUUUUAUUACCAAGAUCAAGCAUGGAUCUGCACGCGCGUGUAAACCUAUAUAUUUGCAUUAAUACACUCCUACACAGUGAUCUGCGCCGUAGGUUAACGCUCAACUGGGAGCUAACGUUAUAUAAGUUAGUAAACCCGACCGUAUCACGCGUCUUUAAAUACACGAACAGCGGGUUAAAGUUAUGAGUCCUCAAGUAAGCCUGCUGUCUGGUCUGAUCUGGCUCUGCGUAAACCAGUGGUGUCACUGCAGACUGGUCUGCGACAAUGGGAAGGAAAAUCUCACGACAGACCUACCAGAACCUGAGGAACUCAUUUGUCAAGAGCUUUGGCCGCAGUCACAGAUUGAUAUUCCUGAUAUUGACACAAAAUAUGUUCGCACGGGUGCUGUUUACAUCUGUAUGGACACACCCAUUACAUACCAUGAUGUCAUACCCACCCAUGGUCCUUACCGGCCUGUUGAGGCAGAGAGUGGAGAAUAUCUGUAUUGUCCUCCUCAGCGCUGGCUACACAACCUCAAAAAUGGUGCGCUGGUGCUUCUGUAUCACCCAUGUGUCUCAGCUGAAGCUCGCAGGAAUCUCGCUGUGUUGGCUCGCUCGUGUCUGGCUCAUUAUAUUCUCACACCUCACCCCUGGCUCAGCCGACGCAGACCCUUAGCUGUGGUCUCUUGGGGUCGCUCACUAGAGACGUCUCUCAUCUCAUCUGGGUUUUGUGAUUGGUUGGUAUCCAAUUCCUACAACGUUAGUCAAUUUAGCACGAACCAAAGAACAAAGUACAGUCUGUACUUGACCAAACCAGCACCUCUGGACAGACCAAUGAACAUAAAGCAAGAGAUGUCCAACGGGGAAGAAUUAAAGAAUUGCUGCUUGGAAGCUCUCCAUCUGAACGAUGUACAGAGGACCAGAAGAAGAUCCAGAAAGACCAGGAUGGCCCUCAAACAAACAUCACAAGAAGUGACAGAAAAAGUCAAACCCAACAAACUUAACGCCAUAGAGAGUUCAAAACAGAACGUCACAGACAAACUAUCACAAAAUAACACAAAGGAGAUGACCUCCUUGCUAUUGUUUACCGUUAAUGUAACACAAUCUCCCAAUUCAUCUAAGUACUUUCAAGAACCAGGUGGAGUGUCCAAGGAGCAAACUGAUGCAGAGAAGCAACUUGUCCAGAAUAAUGUUGAAAGAAAUAAACACCAGACAGACCGAAAGCCACAUAUGAAAACUACAAUAGAAAGCAGGAGGCAUCGGAUUAAGACUGAUACAAAGGCACAGAGAACUCAAUCUGAAUGCGCAGAUCUCACAAAGUGUGGAGUCCCAGAGUCUCCACAUAUAGGGGGUCCGUUGAGAGGGGAGAGGAUACCCAUUCAACGCACCGAUGAGGCCGCGUGGGCCGCAGCCGCUCUGGGCUUCCUGUUGGUGCUGCUCAUCCUGUCCGUGCUCCACUCGCGGCUCUAUCGGCACUGCAGGUCCUCAAACAGCCUUUACUGGCCAGAAGGCCAGCAAGACUAUGAGAGCGUGGGUGACAUCAUCCGGCGGAGGCUCAGGAUGGUUGGCCGGAGGAGGAGGAGGUGCAAUUAUAACAGGAGACAGGAAAGUGCAUUGCUGUCUAACUCCAGUGCUGAGGAGAAUUCUGAGUGACUUGGAUUGUUGAACACUCAUGGGAAUUGACAGUAUAUGCACGCUUGGAUUGGAGACUAGUUUGAGUUUCUCAAGUCAUCCGUCACCCACCGAUUCAAUACAGACAUUUUUUAUUGAUAAACCGGUUAUGUAUUCGAAGAACUGAUACUUACUCACAAGAUGACAACUUCAAAAACAAGUUUUCUUUAUUUAUAACACUAACUUAUUUAGCAAUUGUUUACAAGUCAGUAUAAAAUACCAUGUACACAAUGAAUGUCUUUAGAGUUAAAUUGUCUUUUAUUAUAGUCCACAUUUUGCUAAUUUAAAGCAUUACGGAAGGUUUUAGUCACAUGCUGUGCCCUUUGAAUUUUAUUUGAGAGGUUUUAGUAUUAGCAUCAAAACCAAAGCAAUUCAUAAUAUCUAGAGCUAUACAUUAUAGAUUUCCAUUCAUCUCAAUGGCUAAUGUUCGGCUGGCACAUGCCUGCUUGGUGCCAUCUUUCUUCAUGUGCCCGCAGCUCUGCCCCAAAUAUUAUAUCAGAGCUGUAAAUGACAUGAAUAAUUACGUCCCAAAAUCAUCUUCUAUGAUGGCGCAGAUGGUGUUGUUGCUCACUAGUUAAACAUUGACCUCCAGUGGCAAUGUUCGGAUUAAAACAUGCUGCUUUUUUCUAGCUCCAUCACUUAUGAUAAUAACACAGGAGACGGCAGCAGUAAGCUCUGCAAUUCUGAAAUGACAUACUUAAGUUGUUCUAGAUGCUUUUCCAUCCGAAAGUAAAUGUAGAGUUUUAAUUACAGGGACGUUUGGAGUAAAUAAAGACAUGAAUUAAGAUGUCUUAAUCAUAGUUCUGUCUCAUUCAAAUAUAUAACAAGAUCAGUUUUCAACCAUUACAAAUAUGCCACAGGGAUCUCAUUUUUCACAUUCAUGUAUAGUCUCUAACUAACAUUUACCAUGGUACUGCCAACUUAACAUGGCUUUAUUGUUGUUACUUUACUAACAUAACAAAUUAAUAAACAAUAUUGAAAGUAUGCGUGUCACAAUUGUAUUUACAAUAACUUAAAACUAUUAAAACCAAUUGAUUAAAAACCAUUAUUAUCAUCAAUAUCAUGUUAAUUCCACACAUGUUAUUGUAAACUAUUCAGCACCUAUUUAAAAUGGACUAUGUGGUUGCAGACUCUCUCUCUACCUCCCUAUAUUUGUAUUUAGAGUGCGAUUCGUUGACUAAAUAAAAGACAGCAUACAAAAUUA